GAAGGAUCUGUUGGAAACCCAGGUUAUAUCGGCUUUUCAUUGGGUUGAGUUUGUCCAUUGAAAGCCUAUUGGAGUUAGUCCAUUGGCCAAGAAGAAUGGGUGGCAUGGUGAGAGCCCCGGAAUUUUCGUCCCAACAUUAGAACGGGUUUUAGCAGGGAACACAAAGCAGGUUUACCCGCGUUCUACUCAAGACAGGGCUGGCCAUGUCUCAGUUGGGAUGGCACAUCUUUCGUACAUAAACACCUGCACAUGCCCUCCGUAACACAUUGACACCCUUCAGUUCACUCCUAUUCUAUUUCUCAUUCUUUGAAGCAGACUGGUCUCUUCGCAUUUAUUCACUCACAUUCUUUUUUAUCAACACACAUUCGGUUCUUUUGUAAUUCUUCUACCUAGCAAUAUUCGCAAUCAUGAAGGGCUUCACUACCAUUCUCGUCUGUUCUCUGGCUGCUCUCGUUGCUUCAUCACCUGCACGAGGUGACCGAGCGAAGGCCAAGGCUGCGGCGGCAGCCGCCGCCGCAGCAGCAGCUGGUGGUGCUGGAGUAGCUGCUGGAACUGGUGCCACUAAUGGUAACUCUGGAAAUGGGGCUGGAAAUGGGGCUGGAAAUGCCGCCACGGGAGGAUCUGUGACCCGAGGUGCAGACACAAUCGUCAUGACAGAAAUUGGAGGUAUCCCAGGCAAUGAAUGUCUUACCUUCAGGAACAAUGGCGAGAUUGUCGAUGCCGCUUGUGUCAACGAGGCAGCAGAUCGUCAAGUUACUCCUUCUACCAACGCAGCCGGUGUGGAUGUUCUCCUUGUCCAGAGAAGUUUCACUGCUGGGUUCAGACCUGAUCUUGUUGACGUUCAAGCCUGUAUUGGUUUCAACGGGACGACCAUGAAAGCGGUUGAUUGUGCUGGAAGUGAUGAGAUGGUCAGCAUCGUGGGUGGACAAUUGACAUCUACAAGUGGCGCUUGCCAGAGUGGACACGACGACAAGGCUCAACUGACAGUUGAUCCAACCGGAGCCAACUGUGUUGGUGUCACUACCACAACUGUCACCCCAACAGCUCCAUAGGCUUCUGAUUCAUUGUAAAUUAUCUCACCCUUCUUUAUCAUGGAAAUGAACUCCAUAUUUUUGUGCAUUAUAUUUUGCAAAGACGCUCUUUCUUGAUCUGCAAAGUUGGCAUGAUUUCAAUCGUCUUGGCCGAAUAAGUAUGCUUCGUCAUGAUUGGGAACUCAAAACAAUGUCUAUAAACCACAAUACCCCAUCUUACUUCCAUGAAACCAA